UGGAAGCUCUGGGCUUGGUAGAAGUGGUGGCAGUAAUCACUCCAAGACUCCCCUCUAGAGCUCCUCCCCUUCUAUUCUAAUCUCAAAGUCCAGCCUUUUGGUGAUCAGUUGGAGCCCUUCCUCUGACCUGCUCCCCCAGGGGUUGCUUCCUGCCUUGCAGAGAUGACUCUGGCCUGGAGACAUUUGCAGAGAGCUUUGCGCCUGGAGAUCUCCUCACCCAGGAUCCCCAAGAUGUGCCCUUCCUUGAGCCGAGCUUUCUGGACAUCUGUAACCAAGCUUGGUGUUCACACAAAACCCAGAAUGCCUCCGUGUGACUUCAUCCCUGAAAAAUACCAGUCCCUUGCCUAUCAGCGUGUUCUGGAGAUCAACAAUCGACAUCUCUAUCCCCCGCGGACGGCGUAUUUUGCAGAGCCUUUGUUGCUCCAUCAGGGUCACAUGGAGUGGCUAUUUGAUCAUGAGGGAAACAGAUACCUGGACUUCUUUUCUGGGAUUGUCACUGUCGGUGUUGGUCACUGCCACCCGAAGGUAAACGCAGUGGCACAAAAGCAGCUUGGCCGUCUGUGGCAUACAAGUCCCAUCUUCUUCAACCUUCCGAUCCAUGAAUACGCAGAGAAGCUUUCCGCGAUUCUUCCUGAGCCUCUGAAGGUCAUUUUCUUUACGAACAGUGGCUCAGAAGCCAACGACCUAGCCAUGCUGAUGGCCAGAGCACACUCAACUAACAUAGACAUCAUUUCUUUCAGAGGAGCCUACCAUGGAGGCAGCCCUUACAUACUUGGCUUGACAAAUGUAGGGUACUUCAAGAUGGAACUCCCCGGUGCAGCAGGCUGUGAAUCAACAAUGUGCCCAGAUGUUUUCCGCGGCCCUUGGGGAGGAAGCCACUGUCGAGAUUCUCCAGUGCAAACCAUUAGGAAAUGCAGCUGUGCACCAGACUGCUGCCAAGCGAAAGACCAGUACAUCGAACAGUUCAAAGAUACUCUGAGCACUGCUGUGGCCAAAUCAAUUGCUGGAUUUUUUGUAGAGCCGAUUCAAGGGGUGAGUGGAAUUGUUCAGUACCCGAAGGGGUUUCUAAAGGAAGCCUUCAAGCUGGUGCGAGAGCGGGGAGGCGUGUGCAUCUCGGAUGAAGUGCAAACAGGAUUUGGAAGGCUGGGCUCUCACUAUUGGGGCUUCCAAACCCACGACGUUGUGCCGGACAUUGUCACUCUGGCUAAAGGGAUUGGGAAUGGCUUUCCCAUGGGAGCAGUUGUGACAACCCCAGAGAUUGCCAAGUCUUUAGCUAAACGCAGGUUUUGCUUCAGCACCUUCGGAGGGAACCCCUUGGCCUGUGCCAUUGGAUCAGCGGUGCUUGAGGUGAUUAAAGAAGAAAAUCUACAGGAAAACAGUCAAGAAGUUGGCACUUACAUGUUACUGGAGUUAGCUAAGCUGCGAGAUGAAUUUGAAAUCGUUGGGGACGUCCGAGGCAAAGGCCUCAUGAUAGGAAUAGAAAUGGUGAAGGAUAAGAUGAGCCGCCAGCCUCUUCCCCCGGAAGAAGUCAGUCAAAUUCACGAGGACUGCAAACACAUGGGGCUUCUAGUUGGCAAAUCCGGCAUUUUUUCUCAGACAUUCCGCAUUGCACCCCCAAUGUGCAUCACUAAACCAGAAGUUGAUUUUGCAGUGGAAGUAUUUCGUUCUGCCUUAAUCCAACACAUGGAAAGAAAAGCCAAAUGAAAUUUUUAAAAAUAAAAAACCACAAGCCUCAAGAACUUCCCACUUAUGUUCAAGGGUUAAUUUGAGGAAUUCCAGAACCACUAGUCUAAGGUGGUUGACUGCCUACCAGCCAUAUUUCUUAACAGAGCCUCUAUUCUCUCGAGAAGUCCAUCCUUCAGGAAGGGGCCUCUGUCCCUAGCCCAGAGAAUAAAUACCAAUUAGUCUAGGUAAGUUAUGGUAAUUUGAUUCCCCUUUGCAGUGAUUGGUUUAUGCAUGAUAUGUGACAUAUUUUUGGACAAUUAAUCUUGAAGGAAAAUCUUUUGGUGGAGGUGCCUUCAGGGAAAGAUUUCUCUAUUCUUCACUCUUCAUCCCCAUCUUUGGAAGAGAUGUCUACUUCUUACACAGAAGCAUCAAAUGUCAUGAUGAGACUGCUGGAACUAUGUCAGCCAUUUUGGAGCCAUGAGGACAAAGGUUUUUUGCUAAGGUUGGAAGGUGGAAGGAAGCUGAGUCCUUAGUGAUGUCGAUGAGCCACUGACUUAAGCAAUCUGGGAGCCACCUUACUUUGAGGCUCCUGGUUAGAUGAGAUAAUAAAUUUGCUGUAUUGCACAA